GCAUCUUCAUUUCACCGCGUAUAUCAGCUUUUCAUCGUCUCACUUUACUCUAUAUAAAGCCCCCCAAAUGUCAUAAUAUAAAACACAAGAAAAUCACAAACGAAACAAGUGUUCAAUUCCACGUUUUCAAGCUUCUUCUAUAACUUAUCGAGUGAAAAGAAAUAUGGCACAUUUCGGAGGAGAUCAUAAAGACGGAAGAGAAGGUCGGCAAACAGAUGAGUACGGAAACCCACUUCACUCUAGCACCCCUUUUACGGGUAUGGGAAUGGGCAUUGGCACCGAAACUGGGACAGGCUACGAUCAACAUAGAGAAGAAGGCCAAGAAAAGAAAGGGGUGAUAGAGAAGAUCAAAGAAAAGUUUCCCGGUGGUCACAGCACGGAGGAGCAUCAAAGGGUGUCCUCAACGACAGGCGGCGUUAGUGGCGGUGGUUAUGGGGAAGGAGGGGAAACCCACGAAAAGAAAGGGCUGAUGGAGAAGAUCAAAGAAAAGCUUCCCGGUGGUCACAACAAUGAUGAGCAUCAAAGGGUGUCCGCAACGACAGGCGGCGUUGGUGACAAUUAUUUGGAAGGAGGGGAAACCCAUGAGCAGAAAGGGGUGACAGAGAAGAUCAAAGAAAAGCUUCCUGGUGGUUACAGUACCGACGAGCAUCAAAGAGUGUCCACAUCAACGAUAUACGGCGUUGGUGGUGGUGGUAAUACAUAUGGGGAAGGAGGGGAAACCCACGAGAACAAAGGCAUGAUGGAGAAGAUCAAAGAAAGGCUUCCCGGUGAUCACAAUACGGACGAGCAUCAAAGGGUGCCCACAACAACGGUGAGUAGCAUUGAUGGCGGUUAUGUGGAAGGAGGGGAAACCCACGAGAAGAAAGGGGUUAUGGAGAAGAUUAAAGAUAAGCUUCCUGGUGGUAACAUCUCUGAGCAUCAAACAGUGUCCUCAACAACGACAAGAGGCGUUGGUGGUGGUGGUUAUGGGGAAAGAGGGGAAACCUACGAGAAGAAAGGGGUGAUGGAGAAGAUCAAAGAAAAGCUUCCCGGUGGUGACAACACGGACGAGCAUCAAGGGGUGUCAACAACAACAUCUGGCGGCAUUGGUGGUGGUGGUUAUGGGGAAGGAGGAGAAACCCAUGAGAAGAAAGGGGUGAUGGAGAAGAUCAAAGAGAAGCUUCCUGGACAUCAUUAGAUCCUACGGUAUCUUUGUGAGGAUGCAUAUGUGUAUACAAAAUAAUAUUCUGGUAUUGAUGUCGUUUGUCAUGUAUGUUGUUGAUGGGUCACAAGCCAUGUGGGAUUGAGUGUUGUAAUGUGUGUUUUUUCGUAUGAAAUUUGAUUUACUUUUAUUUUGUUUA